AUGUCGGUUGAAACAAGCGUAUCAGCUCCACCACCACCAAUUUCGCGAUAUGGAAAUAUUAACUCCAUCAAACCUAUCCCUAUUCAGAGAAGUGGCACAUUAACAAUCAAAGAGUUAAGACCGUGGAUCCGUGGUUUUGAUAUAACAUGCAUCAUACUUCAACAUUUGUCUCGUCGUAUUUUAAAGACUCAACAAGAAGUGGAACUUCAUAGUUUCCUCGUUGCAGACGAAACAGCCGUUUGCACUUUGGUUAUUUGGGAAAAUGGGCAACAUUAUCGGGGUGGUGAUAUAAUACACAUAACUCAUGGUGAAACGAGGGUACAUGAAGGAUCAUUAGAAUUAACGGUAAAUAAGAAUUUUGGAAAAAUAAAAAUAAUUGAUUGGUAG